UAACUGAAGAGGUUCUUUCUUCAAGAUCAUAAAAUCCUGUUUUGGAGGAGUAAUGUAAAGGAUGCAUGGGACAGAAAGUGAGACUUGAAUAAGGUGACAGAAGGUGUGGCAGCAAAACUAUGAAAAGAAUGGUGGAACGCAGGAGCCUGUUGCAAAGACCUACGUCUUUAGAAAACAGUCGUGUGUGUACAAGCUCAGUGUCCCAUGGAGAAUUUGGGUUAAGAAUGUGUGCAUGCUACAAACACUGUAUCUUUGGAAAUGUCAUGACUUGGAAUCUUUUAAUUGUGAUGUAUCUUAUAGAACAAGAAGAGAGAAAUUAAAAUAUCUGAUUAUUAAAGUGAAGAAUCUAGAUGUGAACCUUUGGUAAACAAGUUAGCUCUAACUUCUGGAGGAGUCCCAGCAUCACAGGGUGCCACAUGUCAGAAGCAUUACAAGGUCCUGCAGCUCCAGUCCAAACUCCGAUGAAGUAUGAAGCACAGAGACCAGUGAAGAGAGGACUUACAAAGUACAUAACCUGUCUGAAGGAUUUUAUGAAUGAUCCCAAAAGAGAAGAACCUCUAGUUGGUUUAGAACAUGUGGUUGAAAUCAGAUUUGAAGGAAGAAAAGAGCCGCGUUAUGAGUGCAAGCUGUGUGAGCUUAAUACAGAGAUGGCUCCCAUGAUAGAACAUCUUAGUGGAUAUAAACACAGGAGAGCAUACAUUUCUAAAGAAUUUCCAGACAAAAUGAAGAGAAGGACAACAGAUGUAAAAGAAUGCAAAGUCUCAUUUCUCAAACGGAUAGCAGGAGAGCUAGAGAAGACUGAAGGGUUAAAAAUGUAUGAGAUUGAAGGCUACAUAAGACCAAGUACCUCACCCCCAUCAAAGAAGAAAGCAAGGUGGGAAGAUGAUUAUAAGCAUGAGAAUGAUCCUGUUCGGAAACAAAAAGCUCUAGAGUUCUUGCAGGAAACUUUUCACAUCACCUCAGACUCAGAAGCAACACUUGUUGUUCGCAUUACACAGGAACUCACAGAGGCUUUGAAGGCCUUUUGUGAAAAGAAAGCAGCAGUUAAUUACACUAAUAGCCUGAGGCCACUGAUGUCAAUAUCUCAAGAUGAAUUUCCAGGAAGGAAAAGCAUCCCAAAACACUAUAAGCCAUAUGGAAAAUACAGAGGAAGUUCUAACUGGAAUCAAGGUUUUUUGUCUCAGUAUGAAGAGUGCUCUGCAGAAGCUUCUUUUGCUCCUGCUCACUCAUACAGUUACCAAACAGAUGAUGGAUCAUCUUCCUGUCAUCUGAUGUCUAAUGACUUCGCAAUGAUGUCUGCACUCAGGGACUCUCUUGCUCUUCACACUGGAAGUCCUGCCAGUGGUGUCAGUGAAUGGCUGGGACAGUUCAGCCAAUCUGCAUCUGGCAGUAAUUCAGCUGCUGGGGCCUCUUCCUAUGUGACAAGCCCAGUGAGGGAGUACUCAGCAGAAUAUAUGUCCAGAGAUGUGCAAGGAAGUAAACUCCACGAUAACAGACUCUCAUAUGGCAGGGAAAAUACAAAAUGGAGGAAUCAACAAGCGUGUACAAAAGCGUGGACUGUAAGUGAUCAAGGAUUAUCCUAUCCCAAUUCUACAGCCUCGUAUCCUUCAUCUGGAAGAUACUCCACAAAUGAUCCAUUGCAAAGCUAUUCCUCUUACAAGCAUGAUGAGUCUGUGAAUACUUGUACAUCUUCUGCAAAUUCUGCUGUUUCAGGAAGAGGUGGCUCCAGGUGGCACCAGGACACCAGGUGGAAUGAGUGGAAUGAGGACUCUAGGUGGAACCAGAGCUCUAGCUGGAAGCAGGAGUCUAGCUGGAACCAGGAAUCUAGUUGUCAAGGAUUCAGGCAUCAGAAAGCAGGCUACCAGAGUGACUGGACUUCACAUCAGGACUCGUUUUCUGGCAGUGGUUCAUACAGAGAUUACCAGCAGUUCAGAAGCUCAGAUAAGAUGUUCAACGAAGAUGAUGUUGGUCUUGCUUCCAACACUGUGAACAGACUACAAGGAAAGGAUAUACCUACAAUGACCAGGAGGCUCAAACAGUUGGCUCCAUAUUAUCCAGUACUUCAAAGACUAAAUAUUCAGACAUUAGUCAAUGUGCUAGUAGAAACUAGAGGAAAAGAUUAAGAAGCAACAACAGCUGAAAUGGAAACAGAUGAAGAGAUUCAAGAGUCUCCAUCUCUUGUCUUUCAGGAAAGAGACUGCAUUUAAUUCUGCAUUUAACUGGUUUUGGAAGGGUAAAGGGAGGUAGGGUUUAAUUUUUUAACAUGUAAAAUGUAGCUGGAACACAAACUUGCACAUAACGGAUCAACAUACUAUUUUGUUUAGGCUUUUUGUAAUGUACUUGUUACAUUUUAGUAUAUUAUAGAAAAAAAAUCUUUUGUUAUUUUUUGAAAAUAUGUUAAAGUUAUUCCAUCAGCAAAAAGACCUUUUAAACCUUUUAACACCCUGCCCAAUUCAGAAAAAAAGAAAAAAGAAGUUUUGUGUUACCCACUUGGGAAGAAUAUUAAAAAAUACAGGUUUACUUUUCUUCACACAAAUAUAAGGCCAAUUCUAUUAAUUUGAGACUUUAUAAUUAGCAUAUUUUUAGAAAUUGAUACACUACAUUUCUGAAUGUCUUAAUGUGAUGCUAUAUGAGGAAAAUACAAGCUAUUCUAGGACUGGUGCGUAAUAUGGCAUAUUAGUUUCAUUUUUGCAUAGUAAAAAGGUGUGAAAUAUAUGCAGAUUUUAUUAUAUUGUUCUGAAUGAAAUUGUUACAAAUUGACUUAAAAACUCAUUUGAUGGAUUGACCCAUCCUAAAAUAAAAAUUCUUGAUUCUUUCUAUUGGCAAAAGCUUAUUAAGAAAUAGUAAAAUCUAUAAGGCAAUCAGAUAAAAUAACAGGAAAGAAUAAAUAAUCAGAAUGUCAUACUAACUGAGGAAUACUUGCCAGUUCAUGAUGUUUAUCAGUGGUCUGUGUUUUUUUUUUCUUUUCCCCACACUUCUGGGCCACAUGCUGAUGAAUUCUUGGCUUUAGAUGUCUGCUUUAUGUAAUUAAAACCACCUUACAUGGAGCUGAAAUAAAAAAGUAAAGUGAGACAGUUUA